GACUCUUGUUGCGACGGAGGGAAGACGCAGUCACUCAAUAUGAGUGAUCAGCAGACUUCCUUUAUUGUACCUUACAGUCACCUUUUAUGCCUUGUUAUAAUUAGCUCAUACAUAUUACAAAAGUUAAGCUCAUUAUUGGUUAGUUGCCUAAAUAUCAAGCCCGCCCCUAGUUUCUCUUCUGUAGUUAUCUGUUCCCACCUGCAACAUUCUUUUCCCACCGCAGUCUUCCUGUUAUUUUGUAGCUUUUGCUUUACUUCAGAUAAGCUGAGAGCGAUGUGCAUUUUUGUCCAGCCAGCUGGACUAUGUCUAUGUGAACUUUUACAGCUAGCCAGUUAUCCACAGACUCUUUUCCACCAAAAACUUAAGCCUUUUUUUUGCUACUUAGAGGAGUUGGUUAGCUUUACUUGUUAAAUGAAGGGUUAUUUUCUGCCAUUUCCACAUGAAAUCUUACUGGUUUUGAUGACACUAAAAGCUUUUUGUACUGCUGCAUAUAAAAAUAUUAGGAAGAGAUAACUGUUCAGUGUGUACUCAAAGCCAUUCUGUCCUAAUUCACAGUUUAAUUUAAUUUAGGAAACAGCUGGCCCUGAACAUUUUUUGUCUCUGGAAUAUUGACUAAGACUUUAAUUCCUGUGAGACUUUCACAAAGUAAGAUUGAGGAUGGGGUGGAAAGUCUAUGUUUUUGUUUCCCAGUGCUUGUAGAAGAAGGUUCAGGAACUAGUCUAGGGAUAGGCAACUUCAGAAAAGAAAUUUUCCCUGCCACAUUAGUUACAACUCUUUAUGUAUAUAGGUUUUGUUUACUAGAUUGUGGUUGAAUACAGUGUAGGAUUUGCCAACCUGAAACUUAGUUGUGAAGCUUGAAGGGUUUCUGCAGGUUUUCAAUCACUAGAGUUUUAAGUUGGAAUAUAGAUAACCAAAACUUUUAUGUAUUGUACUGUGGGUUGAGCUGACAGCUCCAAAAAAAGGAUACAAAGUGGUUUGUACAAAUAACUGUAGCAUCUCAAAGUAGUCUGUGAGAGUUGUAAUCUAGCAUUAGGCCUCAUGUUUUUAGUAAGGAAAUUGUUCACAUCCAGUAACUUUGCUAGUUUGUACAGCUUUAAAAUAGCAGUGUUCUGUCAAAAAAGCAGUAUUUAAAAAAAACCCGAAACAACCUUGUGGAAGUUGUCACCCAGGGUACUGAACUGGGAACAAAGCACCAUGUGUGAAUGAACAAAUGAACAGGUGGCCAGAGGGGUCAUUUAAGGUAUGACUUUAAAACCCUUUUCAAAGGGCCAGUCCUUCCUGUGGUACAAGAGGGUGAGAUGGUGGAGGCAGCACUGCUGUAUUAACAGUAGUGGCCAGUGCUUGCUGCUGCCAAAGGAAGAGCACUGUCCUGCUGUAUGUUUCUUGUAUAAUCUCAAGUAACAUACUGCAGUUUUCCAUAUUGUGUAGGGCUAUAUGUGGGGACUUCCCAUAUUUAGGAUGCUGGUUAUUAUGGUGUUGGCCAGCUCUAGCAACAUUCUUGUAGUUUGCCUUUUUGUCACAUGUUCAAAAUUUAGGAUGAGCAGCAACACAGGGUCUAUUCCUACAAGUGUAAACUUAAUUAGGUAAAUAGUCUGUUCCUGCAAACAAUUUAAUUCUAUGUUUAUGUCCUGGUUUUGACUGGGAUAGUUAUUUUUUUUCUUCUCAGUAGCUGGUACAAUGCUAUUUGGCUUUAGAAGAGAAUAAUGUUAAUAACACACUGAUGUUUUUAGUUGUUGCUAAGGAAUGUUUAUACAAAGUCAAGGACUUUUCUGUUUCUUAGGCUUUGCCAACGAGAAGACUGGAGGGGCACAAGAAAUUGGGAGGGGAUACAACUGGGUCAGCUGACCCAAAUUGGCCAGAGAGAUAACUCUGUACCAUAGGGCAUCAUGCCCAGUAUAUAAACUAGGCAGGAGUUGGACAGGACCUGCCAAUUGUUGCUGGGGGACUUGAUGGGCUUCAGGUCAGCAGGUGAUGAGCAACUGUAUUGUGCAUCACUUGGGGUUUUUUUUCCUUUCUCUUUCAAUUUUAUUCCUCUCCCCUUCUCUCUCCAUUACAAUUGCUUAUUAUUAUUAUAUUUUAUUUCAUUUCAAUUGUAUUGUUUGAAUCUAUACUCUUGGGUUUUACCUUUUUCCUGAUUCUUCUCCCCAUCCUGCUGGAGGGGUCGGGGAGGGGUCAGUGUGUGAGCAGCUGCGUGGUACAUAGUUGUUGGCUGGGGUUAAUCACAACAGUUCAAAAAAGUAAACCACGAGCAGUAUUUUGGAAUUAAGAUUGCCUAGAGCACAAAGAAUGCAGUAGUCUUUUAACAGUUGUGUUUAAAGAGACUUUUCCAGUGUCUUGAAGAAGAGUAUUUCAACCUAUGCACAGUUUCUGAGACUUUGGGGUAUGUGAGAUGAUACACUAUCAAAGGCCAGUUUACUUCCAGUUUAAUCUGCACUGGGACUGGGGGACCAACAUGUACUUAUUUCUGUGAGAGGCAGAAGUGUCUUUUGGCAGCAUACUCCAGAAUGCAAUCACCUGAUCAAGCAGAGGGGUUUGAUUUAGCUUUUUUUCUGCCUAGCAUUUAUGAAAUUUUAAAUCAUUGCAUGUUUUCUCAGUUCAUACCUAUGGCUUCUCUAUUUAAUUUUUUAUUUCAUUGUUUUUUGACACAAUUCUGUCCUCUGAACCUUUCUGUUCCUUCCUUUUUCACAUACUAGUUCUGGAGGGUUUUUUGACUGUAGCAUUUAUUUAUUUAUUUAAUGAUUUUAUUCAGCUACUUGCUUCCACUAUCUGAUAAAUAAGUAUGCAGUAAAGAAGUGGCUUAUUUGCUGUGCAUUUGUUCAUGGUUACUUUUUUUAAAACUUUCAUAUCAAGAGCUCCUGCUGUGGCUUUGAAAAUGCUUUGGGAUGCGCCUAGCUUUGGAUAAAAAGCAGGACAUAGAAAUAUAUAUAGAUAAACUGUCUUACAGGUUUUGCAGACUUAUUAUGAUAGAUACGCACAAUAAAGGUGAACAGACUCAAAAAACAUGCUUGCCUUUCUACAGAAUGUGUAUUAGUUAAGAAAAUAACUUUCUGGAAAAGAAAACCACAGAAAACAGGAUAUACUGCAAGUAGAACAGAUUCAAUAGUAUCAAUAAACAGUGCAUAUCCAUAUUGGUUUUGACUUUUCUAGUUUCAUUUAAUGAAAAGAACUGUCUUCUUUGGAAUGUAGUUGCAAAAUACUUUGUAAGAAAGUCCUAGUAUUAACUAGGGUAAGUUUCAGAGGUCUCUGGCUUUUUUAAGGAGUUUGUUUUCUGGGUGGUAGGUUGUUUGUUCAUUUUCUGUGUGGUUUUGUGUUGGGGUUUGGUGGGGUUUGUUUGUUUGUUUGGUGUGGGUUUUUGUUUUUUUUUUUUGGUGGGGGGAAGGGGUUUAAGAAAAGAAAAUAUUAAGAUACUUCAAAUUUUUUAGUUACAGUUACCCUUCCAAGACAGGUACGUUCCAUGUUAAAGUAUUUUGGUCAAUUGAAGCAUGUGAAUUCUGUUUAUGUAAACUCAGAAUGUGUUCUGACUUCAGUGGCAUACAGAUCAUCAUCGUUUUCCCUGAGGGUUCUGAUAGCAGGAUUGUAGCAUAAAAGCAAUGUUUCUUUUCAACCUCCAUGGUGUCAAGAGGUAGGCUUUAUCUGGCCAUAUGUACAUGUUGCUUCUGAGCAUGUCUUUUUUUUUUUGGUAGCGUCAUUUUGCCCUGACGGAUGGGUACUGCUCCCUUUGCUUGCCAUUAGCUUACAGAAUACUGGUAGAUUUGUCUUCCAUGGCAGUUUUUGCAAAAAAACUUUUAGGGUCAGAUUCUUCAUUGCAGGAAAAUGAGCUUGAUGGCAAGACAGUCUGAUGUAAUUCAGAAAUAUAGAUAAAUAUUUUAAAUGUAUAUUAAAAAAAGUUUCAGUUUCAGUAACAAAAAGAAAGGAAAAAAAGUAACCAUGAAAGCAGAGUUGCUGUUGGUUAAAGUAAAAUUUUUCAGUCUCAGAUGUGAGGUUACUGUGUGUUUAAUGUAUGAGAAUUUCUUUCAGAUGUGAUGUUAUCAAAAUGACAAUGAAAGCUCUCAGCACUGACAUAUUUUAAUGGUGGCCAUACAUUUUUUUUCUUACUAUGAUUGUAAGCUAAAGUAAGGACCGAGGUUUGGUUUUGGCUGCUGCCUUUACUGUCCACUAGUGAUUUAUGGGAGAUAAAAGGGAAAACAAUUUACAGUGAAUACGCUUAACCGCAGGUUCUGGUGCAGUUGAGCCAUGCAUUACUGUACUGAAUUUAAUUUGAUUUCUUCAAUUUUAUUUAAAUUUGGCUGUUUAGAGCAUGUAGAAAUUCCACCUGGAUGGCUUGCAAUAAAUAAGGGGUAUACUCACUUUCCCCUGAAAUACAUGCAUCAGUUAAAGUACCAGAAUCUUAAGGAAGAUGGAAGAAGAGCAGUGUGACAGUGCAUGCAAAGUAUUUGGUAGUCAAGAUAGUUUGCACUUGAAGGGUACUUGAACAAAUCUAGGACACCUGUUACCUUGAGUCAAGCUGAAAUUCUUGUGAGAAACUGAGCAUUUGCUUCCUGGCUGCUGGGAAGAGAUUUGGCUUUCAGGUUAUCAGAGAUGGUGAUUUGAAGAAUCAGGUUUCCGAUAUGAACAAAGUAAAAACAUCAUCUGAAAAAAGUGUGUCUACCAGUUCUCGGACAAUGUCUCUGCUGUCACAGCUGGAGAAGAUCAAUUUGGACUCUGUAUUAGGAGAAGCAGACAAUGCCAGAUAUAUUACCUCAAAGAUCCUUCAUCUCGUUCAGAGUCAAGAAAAAACCAGGAAGGAGAUGACAUCUAAGGGCUCCACUGGAAUAGAAGUUAUCCUGUCAACCUUAGAGAAUACAAAAGAUCUUCAAACAAUUCUAAAUAUACUGAAUAUUCUCAUUGAGGUAGUCUCAGUUGGUGGUGGUCGGAGAGCAAGCAUCUUAGUCACUAAAGGAGGGACACAGAUCUUAUUGCAGCUGCUUUUGACUGCCAGCAAAGACACUCCACCAAAUGAAGAAUUAAUGGUGCUUCUUCAUACUCUUCUUGCAAAAAUUGGUCCAAAAGACAAAAAGAUUGGCAUGAAAGCAAGAAUUAAUGGUGCCCUAAACAUAUCAUUGAAUUUAGUGAAGCAGAAUUUGCAGAACCACAGGCUAAUUCUGCCAUGUCUUCAAGUAUUAAGAGUUUAUUCAACCAACUCUGUAAAUGCAGUAUCCUUGGGAAAGAAUGGAGUAGUAGAACUGAUGUUUAAGAUCAUUGGCCCUUUUAGUAAAAAGAACACUAGCCUUUUGAAGGUUGCAUUAGACACGCUUGCUGCAUUGCUAAAAUCAAAAACAAAUGCCAGGAGAGCAGUAGACCGAGGAUAUGUGCAGGUGCUUUUAACAAUUUAUGUUGACUGGCAUCGUCAUGAUAGUCGACACAGAUACAUGCUGAUACGUAAAGGAGUUUUACAGUGCAUUAAAAGUGUUACAAACAUCAAACUGGGAAGAAAAGCAUUCAUUGAUGCCAAUGGGAUGAAAAUUCUUUACAACACUUCACAAGAGUGCCUUGCUGUAAGAACUCUUGAUCCCCUUGUCAACACAUCCAGCCUAAUAAUGAGAAAAUGUUUUCCUAAAAAUCGUCUUCCUUUACCAACUAUUAAAAGUGCUUUCCAUUUCCAACUCCCAGUUAUUCCUGCCAGUGGUCCUGUGGCUCAGCUGUACAGUUUGCCUCCUGAUGUGGAUGACGUAGUAGAUGAAAGUGAUGAUAAUGAUGAUGCUGAAACAGAAUCAGAAGUUGAAACCGAAAAUGAUGAUGACAAGGACCAACAUUUUAAGAAUGAUGAUAUUGAGACUGAUAUUAAUAAAUUGAAACCUAGACAGGAAUUGGGAAGACCCAUAGAAGAACUGAAAAUGUAUGAGCAAUUUUUCCCAGAACUUUCAGAAAACUUUCAGGAAUGUGACUUAGUUUCCAAGGAACCAAAGCCUUUUGUACCUGAUGUGAAUCUGAGCGGACCUAUUGUUGUUCCCACAGCAGGAGAGGAGCACUCUGCUGAAGCAAACCAGUCAAUGAAAGGAGUUACUUUGAAGGAAAGCAAUCCUUUAUUGACAGAGGAAUACAAUAGAAGGCCAGUCUUUCUGGAACUACCAAAGAAAGACAGCAUCAAAGACAGUAGUUUACAUCAGCAAAAUGAUCAAAGAAAUGUGUUUCCAUCAUGCCAGUGUCUAAGCCAAGAAAUUGUGAGAGGCUUGGACAGAAUCAGUCUGCAGAACAGUGCAAAAAAUGAUCAGUAUUAUGGUACAGGUUGUGUAAUAAAGAAGGAAAGCAAAACUAGCCUUACUUCACUUGCUUGUAGUAAACCUUGCGAACAUGUUUCACCCUGUGGAAGUAGCCUUUUUGAAGGAUCACCUGUCCAGCUGGGAAAACUCUGUUGUACUGGAGUAGAUUCCGAGGAGGAGGAUUCCAGAUCUAGUUCAUCAGGGGAGCAAGUUGUGCUUGAAGUUUCUGAUGUAUCACCAGUUCAUGACUGUGACCUUUAUAUUGAAAUGGUAAAAACCACGAAGUCUAUUCUUGAAUAUUCAGAAGUCGCCUAUCCAGAUUAUUUUGGCCACAUUCCACCCCCAUUUAAGGAGCCUGUUCUGGAAAGGCCAUACGGAGUACAGAGGACAAAAAUCUCUCAAGAUAUUGAAAGACUGAUUCAUCAAAAUGACAUUAUAGACAGAGUUGUGUAUGACCUUGAUAACUUGAGUUGUUCAGUACCAGAAGAAGCAGAUGUUUUGAAGUUUAAUUCCAAAUUUGAAUCUGGAAACCUGCGCAAAGUUAUUCAGAUCAGAAAAAACGAGUAUGAUCUAAUUUUGAACUCGGAUAUAAAUAGCAAUCAUUAUCAUCAAUGGUUUUACUUUGAAGUCAGUGGAAUGAAAACUGGCAUUGGUUACCGAUUUAACAUCAUCAACUGUGAAAAGUCAAACAGUCAGUUUAACUAUGGCAUGCAGCCCCUCAUGUAUUCUGUUCAAGAAGCAUUAAAUUCUCGACCAUGUUGGACUCGUGUCGGGACAGAUAUUUGUUACUAUAAGAAUCACUUUUCAAGAAGUUCAAUUGCUGCUGGAGGUCAGAAAGGAAAAUCUUACUACACAAUUACGUUCACAGUGACUUUCCAACAUAAAGAUGAUGUCUGCUACUUUGCUUACCAUUAUCCAUAUACAUACUCAACUUUAAAGAUGCAUCUUCAGAAGCUGGAAUCUAUGCACAACCCUCAACAGAUAUAUUUUCGACAAGACGUUCUCUGUGAGACCCUGGCUGGCAACAGUUGUCCUGUAGUCACUAUUACAGCCAUGCCAGAGUCCAAUUACUAUGAACAUAUCUGUCAGUUCAGGAAUCGUCCUUAUGUUUUCCUAUCUGCUCGUGUACAUCCUGGAGAGACUAAUGCAAGCUGGGUUAUGAAGGGAACGCUGGAAUACCUAAUGAGCAAUAAUCCAAGUGCCCAAUGUUUACGAGAAUCUUAUAUUUUCAAAAUUAUUCCCAUGCUCAAUCCAGAUGGUGUCAUAAAUGGAAACCACCGUUGCUCUUUAAGUGGAGAAGAUUUAAAUAGACAGUGGCAAAAUCCAAAUCCAGAUCUGCAUCCCACUAUAUACCAUGCUAAAGGGUUACUGCAAUAUCUGGCUGCUAUAAAACGUUUACCUUUGGUCUACUGUGAUUAUCAUGGUCACUCCCGUAAAAAGAAUGUAUUUAUGUAUGGCUGCAGCAUCAAAGAGACAAUGUGGCACACAAAUGUUAAUGGUGCCUCUUGUGACCUGAUGGAAGACCCUGGUUACAGGGCACUUCCCAAGAUUCUGAGUCAAACUGCCCCAGCAUUCUGCAUGGGCAGCUGCAGCUUUGUAGUAGAAAAGUCCAAGGAAUCAACCGCGCGAGUUGUUGUGUGGAGAGAGAUAGGAGUACAAAGGAGCUACACAAUGGAAAGCACGUUAUGUGGAUGUGACCAGGGCAAAUAUAAGGUUGCUGUACCAUUUGACUGGAGGAUGGCACUGUUUAGAUUAGUGGAUGCAGCUUUAGCUUUCUUGUUACUAAAAAACACCUUCUUUACGAAGACUACUGAGGAAAAAAAGAACUUGCAAGAAAAAUAAAAUCAAACUUUCCAUUUAUUACGUGUGUAUAUGUUAAAAACAAAGUACAUGAAGAAUACGCGGACUGUAUCAUUUCUGGAGCAACAGAACACUUUCUUUUAAAUUUCCAUUUUAAAAUACAUCAGUGUGACAACAUAUGCAAAGCUUAUGUGUAUGUUUUUUAGUGUUUAGUAAAAAAAACUCCUACUCCGUUCUUUUUGCUUCAUGUAUUUUCCUACUUGAUGACUUAGUUCACCACCAGUUCCUGGUUCUUCUGCUUCCCUGCUUCUUUUGUCAAAGCUCCUUUUUAACUCUUCUUUACCUUAAGAGACUUAGAAGAUCCAAACUAAAAUCCUUUUAAAUUUUCCUGAGAUACAGAAGUUGUAAAGGAGGAGGUUGAGUUGUGUUGUGACAUUGAAUUUGUCAGUGUAUAUACUGUCAGUACUAGUAAAUUCCGUAAUUGUUGAGGAUCACUCUAGAAUAUCAUUCUCUUGUCAUAAAGUAGUUAAGACCGGAGGUUCUGUCCUUACGUACUGCACUGCUAGCUAAAUUAAAAGUGUAGAAUUAUCUGACAGGAGGCUUUAUCACAAGCAUCAUAUUCUCUGAGUUUACGUAAGUUAUACCUCCUAAAAACUCUUUGCAGAGGAAAAUGCCUUGGUAUAUCAUUCAAGUUAGAAAACAACUAUGGGUUUUGAUACUUUGUUGUUUUAAAUUACUAAAUGUGUGAAUAAAUGCUUUCAGAAUUAACACAUGUAUCCUCUAACUUAUAGGAGAGGAAGAGAUGUUUGUAUCAAGGAGUAACUUGCCUUAAAUAGUCUUAUUUAUGUGUCAGAACAUGGCAAUGAACUUGAUCAUAGCUACGAUAUGAAUUUGCUAAAUUUUUUCAUUCUGAUGGAACUUCUGCUGAAGAAUCUUGUAUUUGAAAUUACUACUUAUAUAUUUUUCUCAGGUUUUAAACAUAAUUUUUACUUACAAACUUGGACACGAUACCUGCCUCUUUUCUAAUGCCACUGGGUAAAAUCCUGUUAAUAUGGAUGUGCCAGAAGUGUAGACUAUUAACCUCCAAAGAAAUGUGGAAGUGUCCAGAAGUGUCUGUUCAGCCUUAGAGGAAUGGUGUAGAUAUUCGCUGAGUUUUCUCUGAUACUCUUAAGUGUUUACAGGUCUUAUUUGUUCUGUCUUUAGAGCAAGCAAGUCUAUUAAAUAAAAUAACAAAAUGUAUUUUAAACAGUAAUCCUGCAGUAUGUCUGGGUCCAUUUGCAUGUACCUAUUUUAUAUU